UUAAAAGCUAUAACUCAAAAGUUAAAAAAUUAAUUUUUAAUUCCAAUACAUUAUUGUUAGAACUCAUAGAAAAACUAACAGUUUGUAUUCAUGAAGAAGAUAAAAAAACGGAAUAUACUCUGUUUCAUGCAUCAGUUCUAAAAACUGCCUUAGUUGCUACAGCUAACACUAUACUUCCAAAUGUUUGUAGAAUAUUAUACAAAUACUUAACUGUGAAAAUCUUAAAAAUUCAAGAAGAUCAAAUUAAACAAUCACUUCAAUAUCAUGCAACAAUAAUAAUACCAAAUAAAAUGCAAAGAUAUCUUUUAGUAAUUGCACCAAAGUUUGAAAUCGAACAACCAAUGAUGAUAAAUAGAGAUGGCCAAGUUCUAUACCUUAAUGCUUUAACUCAAGGUUCUAUAUGUGAAGUACAAGAUAUAAAUAGUAAAACAAUAUAUGAACGUAAAUUAUAUAGAGAGGUAUGGGGUAAAGCAAGGGCAGCUUUAAUGGUAGCACCAUCCUUCGAUAAUGAAAGUGAUAUGUCUUCAAAUGACGAAGGUGAAGUAGACAGUGAAACAGUAGAAAAAAAUCUGAAUCCCAAAGAACUGAUGAAUCCUUAUAAGUGUAAAGGAAAAGAUCGGCCAAAAGGAACAGAUAGAAUACGACGUACAAAUAAGGCACCCAAAAAAGCAAAACGUAAAUUAUAUUGUAAAAUUUGUGGGGGUACUGGUUAUAACCGAGCAACUUGUUCAUAA